ACGUGGAAAGUGUUUUGUCUAGGUUGGUAGUUGAGCAAAGAACAUGAACGUACAGCACAUUUUACAUGACGAAAUGUUUGGUUGCGUUGAGUUCAAAGUGUAAUCUUGUGUAUUACGUCGUGAAGAAACUUAUCUGAUCGCAAUGUUAAUACUCAGGUGAAGGUGAACAGUAGAUGUCUGGUCUAAAACUGACUCAAGCUUUCAUCUAACCUCUACAUUUCAACGGCUAAUUUGGAGAUUCCAAAUUCAAGUCUCAGGCUGUUAGCGAGGCAUCCUCGUUUCACCUUUAAGAUGCUACCUUCUAGCAUUGGAGAGUUUUAUCUCUUCGCGUUCCUAAUGUACCUAGUGGCCCUCCCCACUUCAGCUGAUGACCCUCCUCGAAUCGAGAUGUCUCCCCGAGACCAGACUGUGAUCAGUGGCAGCGUGGCUAGUUUCAUUUGUACCGCUUUUGGGAAUCCUAAACCCGUGAUUGAGUGGCGGAAAGAUAACCGAAGAAUCACCACCCAACGCUACGCUGUUCAUGAUAUGCCCAAUGGCUCUGUGCUCCGGAUAGAGCCUGUACGUCCUGAGAGAGACAACUCUAUCUACGAAUGUGUAGCGGAAAACGGCGUAGGAGAACCGGUAAAAGCAGCAGCGGAGUUACGUGUUCUCUCUGAAGACGAUAUCCCUGUAGGCUUCCCUCAGUUUACUAUGCAGCCUACGAUGCAGGGAGUAGAGAAGGGAAGAACAACAAACUUAUACUGUCAGGCAGAGGGUAACCCAUCACCUAGUGUUUACUGGCUGAAAGAUAUGGUUCCUGUUAACCUAGCUGACCCACGGUUAUCCAUCGUUCAGGGUACGUAUCUCCAAAUAAGCGAAGCCAAAGAAGAAGAUCAAGGCACUUAUCAAUGUGUGGCCGAGAAUUCCAUGGGUUCCGCUUUCUCCAACUUAGCUUCUCUGUAUGUGAAAGUACGGAGAGUUCCUCCUUACUUCUCCAUACCUCCAGAACCUGUAUAUGAAGUAAUGCCAGGGUCAAGCCUGAACCUAACCUGUGUAGCUGUGGGUUCUCCAAUGCCUUAUGUCAAGUGGAGAAAAGGCACAGUAGACUUAACUCCAGAUCACUCCCUCCCUGUGGGGAAGAAUGUGCUUCAAUUAAAAAACAUAAGAAAAUCUGCAAACUACACCUGUGUUGCAGCUUCUAAGUUGGGUAACAUUGAAACUGUCACUGGAGUUCUAGUACAGGCCCUCCCACGUCCUCCAACAAACCUUAGGAUAUCCGAUGUAACAGCCAGAUCCAUCAGACUUUCAUGGUCAUAUGACAUUGGAGCAGAAAACAUUAAGUAUUACAUAAUUCACUAUAAACCUAAACAGGCUAAUCAGGAGUAUAGUGAACUCAGUGGAAUUGUCACAACGUUUUACACUGUGUCAGACCUCCUUCCUUACACGGAGUACGAGUUUUAUGUUAUUGCUGCUAAUGUCAUAGGUCGUGGCUCACCCAGCACACCAGCUAUGGUCACUACAGGAGAAACAAUGGAACCACCAGGAACAAGCAAGCCAGGUAGCGCACCAAGAAAUGUCCAAGCUCGUCCUUUAAGCUCAAGCACAGUUGUUAUACAGUGGGACCCCCCUAAAGAACCUAAUGGCCAAGUUACAGGCUACAAAGUAUACUUUACUACACAACCCAAUCUUCCCACAACUAACUGGGAUACCCAGAAUGUUGACAGCAGUACUUUAACCACAGUCAGUGACAUGACACCCCAGACGAUCUACACCAUCCGUGUCCAGGCAUUUACCAGCAGAGGACCUGGUCCAUUGUCUGCUCCAGUACAAGUAAAGACUCAACAAGGAGUGCCAAGCCAACCGUCUAACUUAGUUGCCAAAUCAACAUCGUCCACAACAGUCCAACUACAGUGGAGCCACCCAGAACAUUCAGGCGAGAGUAUUAUUGGCUAUGAGCUUUACUGGAAUGAUACUUUUACCCAACAAGAAUACCAUCGUACCAUUCCAGCAAUCAACUCAUAUACUCUAAGUAACCUUUAUCCAGAUACACUAUACCAUAUAUGGGUGGCAGCAAAGUCAAAACGUGGCGAGGGAGCUGCUACCCCUCCCGUCAAUGUAAAAACUGACCAAUACCUUCCAGGUGCUCCUCCCCAACAUAUCCAUGGUAGUGCAGUAAGUUCCCGAUCCCUCCGUAUCACUUGGCUACCCCCUCCUGUGGAUCAACAGAAUGGACAAAUCACCUACUAUAAAAUCAAAUACUUGAAGGCCAGCACUAGUAAUGACCCUAAAAAGGCACGCCAGAUACAGACAGGUCCUGAUGAACGUUCUUUCAUCAUUGAUGGACUUGAGAAGUGGACAAAAUACUAUAUUUGGGUGCUUGCUGGUACUGUUGUAGGCGAUGGUCCACUUUCUGCACCAUUAAUUGUACAAACAGAUGAAGAUGUGCCUGGAGAACCUAGAAAUGUGAAAGUGGAUCCUGUUAAUAGCACCAGUCUACAGGUUCAAUGGAAACCUCCAGCUAAUAAGGAUAGAAAUGGGCUAAUCAGAGGUUAUCAAAUCCACAUCCAAGAAAAGGAUAAAAAUAAUAACUUUGUUGGAGAACCCAUCAGGUAUGAUGUAGCCAAUGAAGAAGCAGAGAGCUAUAAUGUCACUGGACUUCAGCCAGAUACAACGUAUACUGUACAGGUGGCUGCAGUUACUCGAAAAGGUGAUGGAACACGUAGUCAUCCAAAAAUCGCAAAAACAAGAGGAGGAGUUCCCUCAAAACCAGAACUCAAUGUAAGGGUUGUAUCAGAGAGUCCACAAUUAAAAGUGGAGGUAUCAUGGGCUCCUCCUAAAUACAUCUAUGGAGAUCUCCUAGGGUACAGACUUCGGUACAGAAGAAAGGAUGAUCUGCAUACAGAGGAAAAAGUGAUUAAUCUCCAUGACCAGAAUACUAUCAUAGACAGUCUAGCCAGAGGGGCUAAGUAUGAGUUUCGACUUGCUGGUAGGAAUUCUCUGGGCCUGGGUCAAGAAGCAUCAGUGCCUUUGGAAACUCCUGAAGGAGUUCCAACGGCUCCACCACAGAACAUCACCCAUUAUCUUCAAAGCCCUACUACCCUUGUGAUUCGGUGGAGCCCUCCUUUGUCCCAGUAUAGUAAUGGUCGAAUCAUUCAGUACGGCAUCUUGUUCCACAAAGCUUCUCAAGAUGCAUCUGAAAAGAAAAAUGUAACAACUACCAGAUGUGUUUUCAGUUCACUGGAUGAAAAUACAAAAUAUGUGUUCAGAGUACAGGCCUACACCUCGGUAGGUCCUGGUCCCUGGAGUAGUCACCUGGUUGUUGACACUCAGGGAGAUGGCCCAUCUGCUCCAACUAAUGUCCAAGCUAUGGCCACAUCUGAUCAAUCACUAGAAGUUUGGUGGGAUGAGGUUCCAUAUUUUCCAGACAUCCUAGGAUACCAAGUUCUUUACACACAAACUGCUGUAGCUGACUUGGACCUGUGGAGACGUAAGAAGGUUCCUUUAACCUGGUCAGCAGAACUAACAGCUUUGGACAGCCAUGCUACUUAUUCCAUCAGAGUAGCAGCUUACACCAAACCAGAAAGGCUUGGUCAUUUGUCUGAAGUUAUUACUGUUACCAUUGUACCCACAGAUGUUCCGGCACAACUCCGGGCUCACGGUGUUACCACUCACAGUAUGAUUCUGUCUUGGCGACACCCUCAGAAGCUGAAUCCGAUCAAAUAUAAGAUUUCUUUUGGUGCCCACAAAGAAUUCCAUGACAGUCAACGAGUUCUUCAGACACUGACUAUACCAGUUCAGACCAUUUUAAUUGAACCUAACAUAACAGAAUACAAGAUAGAUGACCUCAUGCCAUUUACUACGUACCAAGUGAACAUCACUGCCAUACCACCAGAAGAAAGUUACCGACCUCCUGCCAAAAUCUCUGUUACAACAGCCAGAGCAGCACCCAAACCCAUGGUUAAACCAGACACAGUUGGGGUUCAGAACCAACAAGAGAUCAUCCUUAUCCUUCCACAAGCAUCAGAAGAGUUUGGAUUAAUUAGCCAUUACUUCUUAGUGGUUGUUCCAGCUGAUAAGGCACGGGAAGAUCCUGACACUUACAUUAUUGAGGAGCUGAAUGAUACAUAUCCUGACAAGCUUGCUCCAUAUGUAGCUGCUAAGUUUUUACCACGUGAUAUGCCUGAGAAAUUUCACCUGGGAGAUGGUAAAGUUUAUAAUGGCUACCUUAACAAACCUCUUCAGCAUAAUCAAAAGUACAGGAUCUUUAUGAGAGCUGUAGUUGAUACUCCUCAAAAGAAUUUGUACACCAGCAGCCCAAUGUCUGACACACUGAGCCUUGACUUAAUCUUGUCUGGCCAGCCAGCUCUCUCUGGUGCUAGUGGUGGAGAUAUGGCUAACAAAGUGGAUAGUAGUAUAGAAGAUUCUGAUGUGGUGUGGGUGGUUAUUCCUAUCAUCGUGUGUCUUAUAUUUGUUCUUUGCAUUGCAGUGUUUAUCAUUAUUAAAAGGCGUUUCCCUAAACUUCAUAGACGACGUCAACUGAGCAAGGCAUCAGUAGGAGAAACAGCAAACAAGCUUCUUGUAAACUCUGCAGAUAGAGAGUUUACCACACACCCAACUGAUCCUGUGGAACUGCGACGUCUCAACUACCAAACACCAGCCAUGAUUAAUCAUCCACCAAUUCCUGUCACUGAGCUGGCAAAUCACAUUGAACGACUGAAGGCAAAUGAUAACCAAAAAUUCUCUCAAGAAUAUGAGUCAGUUGAACCUGGUCAGCAGUUCACUUGGGAAAAUUCCAACCUUGAGGUCAAUAAACCUAAAAAUCGUUAUGCCAAUGUCAUAGCUUACGAUCAUAGCCGUGUUGUUCUUCAGACAAUUGAUGGUAUUUCUGGGACAGACUAUAUUAAUGCUAACUACUGUGAUGGCUACAGGAAGCAAAAUGCUUACAUUGCUACACAAGGGCCACUUUCUGAAACUGUUGGAGAUUUCUGGCGCAUGGUGUGGGAGCAGCGGAGUGCCACCAUAGUUAUGAUGACCAAGUUGGAAGAAAGGACUCGUAUUAAAUGUGACCAGUACUGGCCAUUAAGAGGAACAGAGAAGUAUGGUGUAAUGAAUAUUAGUCUUGCUGACAUCCAGGAGCUGGCAACAUACUGUAUAAGGACGUUUAUUAUACAAAAAAUGGGCUACCCAGAAAAGCGAGAAGUGAGACAGUUUCAGUUCACAGCUUGGCCAGACCAUGGAGUACCAGAACACCCAACUCCGUUUCUCACAUUUCUUCAGAGAAUUCGUGCUUUAAAUCCACCUGAGGCUGGUCCUGUUGUGGUUCACUGCAGUGCUGGAGUUGGAAGAACAGGAUGUUACAUAGUGAUCGACUCCAUGCUGGAAAGGUUACGAUAUGAGAACACAGUUGAUAUCUAUGGUCAUGUGACCUGCCUCAGGGCUCAGAGGAAUUACAUGGUACAGACAGAGGAUCAGUACAUUUUCAUACACGAUGCAGUUCUAGAUGCUGUGCUUUCAGGAAACACAGAGGUUCCUGCCCAGAAUCUCUACUCUCACAUCCAAGAACUCAUGGAAAUUGUACCUGGAGAAAACUGCUCUGGAAUGGAACUAGAGUUCAAAAGACUAUCUACUGUCAGGUCUCAACCCAACAGAUUUGUUAGUGCCAAUCUUCCUAUCAAUAAAUUCAAAAACAGACUUAUGAAUAUUUUGCCUUAUGAAGCCACACGCGUGUGCCUUCAGCCUAUCAGAGGGGUGGAUGGAUCAGAUUAUAUCAAUGCUAGCUUCAUUGAUGGUUACAAAUACCGAAAUGCUUACAUAGCCACACAAGGACCACUUCCUGAAACAACAGAGGAUUUUUGGAGGAUGUUAUGGGAACAUAACUCUAAUAUUAUAGUCAUAUUAACUAAACUCAAAGAGGUUGGGAGGGAAAGAUGUCAUCAGUAUUGGCCCAGUGAAAAAUCCCAACGGUACCUGUACUUUGUAGUGGAUCCUAUUACAGAGUACAACAUGCCCCAAUACAUCCUGAGAGAGUUUAAAGUAACAGAUGCAAGGGAUGGACAGUCUCGGACCAUACGACAAUUUCAUUUCACGGAGUGGCCAGAACAAGGAGUACCCAAGUCAGGAGAAGGAUUUAUUGACUUCAUAGGUCAGGUACACAAAACCAAAGAACAGUUUGGUCAAGAAGGUCCAAUUACAGUUCACUGCAGUGCUGGAGUAGGAAGAACAGGUGUGUUCAUCAGCCUUAGCAUUGUGUUAGAAAGAAUGCAAGAUGAGGGAGUUGUUGACAUAUUUCAGACUGUGAGAACAUUACGAACACAAAGACCAGGCAUGGUCCAAACUGAGGAUCAGUACAGAUUCUGUUACAGUGCUGCCCUGGAGUAUCUUGGUUCCUUUGAUCAUUAUACAAACUAGUGGUUCUCAAUGAGAAUUUCUCAUUGUAGAUUGACAUGUGGAACAUACAGGAAAGGUUUAGAAAAACGUCAUUUUGUGCAGCUUAAAGAAGGUGAAGGAGAAGCAGAAGUUUUGUUAGACUUCAUGAUGUUGUAGCAGUGCAGAGUAUGAGUUAUCUUCCCUGCAUUUCAGUAAAAUACAAAAUAUGUCAUCAUACUAACUUAAUAUCACUUGGUGGCCUUCACCUAACACUCAUUAACUUUGAUUAUUGUUCAACCAUAAAACUGACUUGUGACAUUCCACUUCCAAACAGCAGUUGAAAAUGUCAAGUGAAAAUUUAAUAAUGGCCAGCACUCACAUUAACAAUAAUUGUAGACAAGGAUGACUAUAAUAACUAGCAGUUAAUGUUAACAGUGGUGAUAAACAAGUAUAAUUAUAAUGAUCAACAGUUGUUGUUAACAGUGGUAAAGGACAAGGAUGAUUAUAAAGACCAACAGUUAAUGUUAACAGUCGUAAAGGACAAGGAUGAUUACAAUGACCAACAGUUAAUGUUAACAGUGGUAAAUGACAAGGAUGAUUAUAAUGACCAACAGUUUUGUUAACAGUGGUAAAGGACAAAGAUGAUUAUAAAGACCAACAGUUAAUGUUAACAGUGGUAAAGGACAAGGAUGAUUAUAAUGACCAACAGUUAAUGUUGACAGUGGUAAAGGACAAGGAUGAUUAUAAUGACCAACAGUUAAUGUUUAAUGGUGGUAACAGACAAGGAUGAUUACAAAUAUUUGCAGUUAAUGUUAACAGUGGUAAUAGAUAAAGUAUAUUAUAAUAACCAGAAGUUAAUGUUAACAAUGGUUGCUAAGGCAAUCAGCAUUUACAGUUAAUGACUGCUACAGAAUGAAGAUGAUGUUGAUCAGUAUUUAAUGUAAACAGUAAUGAUACAAAAGAUGAAAAAUAACCAUCAGUUACUACAAACAGUGCAGAUGCACAAAAAAUAUUAUAAAAGAAAAAUGCUAAACAUCAGAAUAGAGCUUGAUUUUAAUUAAUUAAGAAAAUAAUAAGGUAAGAAGAGAAAGCACAUGUUUGUAGACGAACGAGAGAAUGGCCAACAACUAUGAACAAGGAAAGAAUGUAUAUUGUACUAGAAAAGAAGAGGAAACAGAGAAAAUGGGGAUGACAACAAAUGAUGCAACAACCGACAAGCAAAGAAGAUAUACUAGAGAAAGAGAGAGACAACUUGAAAGCAUAAGAAAUGGCACAACAUUAGAUAAGGCAAAAUAAACACAACAUUUGAAACAUAGACUUCAUGACUUUCUAGGGAAGAAUAAAAGCACAUCUUUCAUGAAACAAGAUUUAAAUAGACAAAAAUAGGAGGCACAUAUUACUAGAGAAGGAAGGAAAUGACAAGUAAACAUGAAUGAAGAUGCAUGAUACUAGAAAUGAAAGGUCACAAUAAAUGACAAAACUUGGCACAUCCUAUUUGAGAAGAAGGAAAAGGACAUUAUUUGAUGAGUAUAUAAUUCACAAUCUCACUAUAGAAUAUGAAAAAGACAAAAUAGAAAGCAAGAAAAAAAAACAAGUGAUUUGCAAACAUUAUUAUGAGCACUGGUGAUAAAUCCAAUAAAUAGGAAUUAAAAAUGGAUAAUGGGAUUUCUUUGAGACCUAGGACUAUGGCAAAAAUAGAAGUAUUUCCUUCUGUCAGCUCAAGACUAUAUCUUCUAUUAGUGUUUUCCUUUCUAUUAUGAAUUGGGAAUUUUAUCUGAGAGACUCAAACAUUUUUGUUAAUAUAUUGACUUGUGUGUGUGAAUCUCUUUUGUAUGAGAAAUGUCUGUAGACAUGUAUGUGCUCAUAAAUAUAUAUCUUAAUGAAUUAGAAUAAGAAAAUAAUGGUAAUCUCAGUAUAUACAUUCAUAUGAAUAUUGUGAAACAAAAGUAAAGACAUUUUGAUGUGCAAAACAUCACUGCUAUUCUCCAGAAAAACCACCAAAAAAACGGGUUGAUUUUCAAAGUUUAAGAUAUAGGAUAAUUCAGUGUAAGUUACCUUUUACAAAUCAAAAUGUUUUAUGAACUUUAAACCAUUAUUUACUUUAACAUUAGUGCAUUUUUUAUGGACUUGCUGUUAAUUAAUUAUACAUUUAAACAAAUUCUACAGAAUUUAAGAUUAUGCAUAAUUAAAAUAUUUCAGCAUCAAGGUCAUCUAUAUGUUGUAAAAACUUUGCUUAGGUUUUUCUUACUUUAUCUUUUGUUGCAUUAGACACUGGUUGUGAAAAAUGUUUAUUUUUUUAUUUUAUUUUUUUAAAGUGUGAAGUAAUUUGCUCAUUACAUUACAUUUUUUAUUUUAUUUUUUUGCAUUACUUCUAACAGCAGGAAAUGAUUCCUAGAUAAUCAUUUAAUGUUUCAAUUCAACAGAAUUCCGAAAUCACUGAAAAAAACUAUACAACUUUCUAGGCUAAAACGUUUCUUAUUUGAAGUUAUAGGGAACAUGCAUUUAAGUUCAAUCCACAAACAAAAACACUCUAAAUAUUUAUAUAUUAAAGUUUAGUUUCUUAUAUUGACAUAUGGUUCACUGAAUUAUGAUUGUUUCAGAAAUAGACACACCACAAAUUGAGAUAUUAAACUUCUAAGAAUAUAGUUGAACUGUUUUUAGGCUGGCUAGUAAAACACCUACACUAUUAUGAAUAUAAGCAUUAAACUUUACUAACUUACAUUUAACUUACAGACAACUAGUCUUAUGGUUUUGUUGAAAAAACGUUUUUCUUAGCUUUUCAUAUCUACUCCCUUGACAGAACACUAUACAUCACAAUUGAAACUUAAUACUAUCUUUAAAAUGCCUUUUUUAUUUCAGUGCAACAGUUUAUUUAAUAUAAUAUUACUAGUUUUCAAACUAAGGAAUGCGAAUAAAAAAAAGUACUGUACUGUAAGCAUUUUUUAUAAAUUUCAAGUAAAAAAUACUAACAUUGAAAAAAAUGACAAAUUCAUUAUUUCAAAUCAGUAUGAUUACUGUUACAAAAACAUUCUCCCUAUUGACUGUAGAAUUAUGUACAAUUCUUAACCAAACUGUUCUUCCGAUUUGGAAUGUUAAGAAUAAACAAUUAGAAAUGUGGUAACAUAUUAAUAUGAAGUAUAUAUAUGUAUAUGUAGCAUAGUAAUUUCUUUACUUACAGGAAUCAUUUUUUGUUCGGCAGUUUCACUGUGAAACUACAAGUUAUAUGAUCACAGGUCACGGUUACACUAUAUUAGAAUAACAUUAAAGUUGCUGAUUAAAACUGUGUAAGUUGAAAUGUUGUUAUAUUUAGCAUCAAAUAAUUAACAAGUGUAAAAAUUGUCAAAAAGUUUAUUGUUUAAUAAAAUAGUGGUUUACUUUAGACAGAAAAAAAAGCAGAGCCUGUACUCAAUUUUGAAUUAUAAAUGUUAAAAUGUAUAUGCUUACAAAAGUUAAAACUAAUUUGUAACAAAAUGAUACUGUGAGAAGAUGGUGUGCUUAAAAAAUAAUAGUAAGUUUACUUUUGAUUAAUAUCCUCUAACUGCUAAAUUUAUUUAAUCAGUAAUUUUAUUUCAGAAUUUCACUCCCUACUUGAUUUUAGUCAAGAAGGAUUUUCUUCUAGUUGCUUACUUUGUAUUUAGAAAUAGCUUGAAGAAGAGUAUUGUACAUUUAAAGAAAUAAUUGUGGAAAGAUAAAUAAAGACUAGUUCCCAUAAUAUGUUUAUUUACACAGUUCAGUUACUGACUUUUCAUUCAAGCUACUUCUAUUGAAUCUAUAUGUUGAUUGUAGAAAUAUAUGCAUUAUAAGGUAACAGUAUCAUGAGUAUUCUAACACAGAAACCAACAACUUAACAGUAUAUUUAUUAGGUCUUAUAUUGUAUAGAAGUAUGAUUGACCUUCUACACCAUAAUACUCUGUUACUGUGCUUUUAAUUCUGUUCAUUCUUCUUUUUAAAUGUACCAAGAGUAUUGUUUAUUAUUUGGUAUGAAUUAAUGUACUCCUUUGAAAAAAAGCAUCCUGAAGUCAUCCCUGUAAUUUUUUCAAAGUAAAAAUAAAAUGAACUAAAAAAUAAAGCACAUGAUAA